AUGGCGCCGUUCAGGGUCAUCAUCGUCGGCGGAAGCAUCUCCGGCCUGACUCUGGCGAAUAUGCUGGAUCAGUCGGGGAUUGACUUUGUCGUGCUGGAAAAACAUGCUGUGAUUGCCCCACAGCUAGGAGCGGGAUUCGCGAUCUUCCCCAAUGGAGCUCGUGUUCUCAAUCAGUUGGGUUGUUAUCACCCUCUUGAAGAAGCAAAUGAGCCGGUUAAUCAUUUCUCGGCCAUUGGUCCGGAUGGCAGGCCCUCAGGUGAACAGUCUGACUUUGGUCGGUAUUUUCAGGAAUUGUUCGGGUACAAGAUGCGGUUCAUGGACCGGAGAAAGGUUAUCGAGACUCUUUAUGAGAACCUUCGUGAUAAGUCAAAGAUUCAGGCCUCGCGCACUGUAAUGAAAAUCUUGUCUCACUCGGAUGGAGUUGAGGUUGAAACGGCAGAUGGGUCUGUGUUCUACGGCGACAUUGUCGUUGGCGCAGACGGUGUCCAUAGUCGUGUUCGGCAAGAGAUGCAGCGCCUUGGUGAAGAAGAAACCCCCGGAAGAGAUCUGUUUCCUGAAGAAGAAUGUCAGUCGCGUACCUGUGACUACGGGGGUUUAUUUGGGAUAUCAAAAGCUCCGAAGGGUAUCAUACCUGACGAAGCAUUUAAAUGCUACAAGGAACGCCGCAGCUACCUCUGUGCCUCUGGUCCUGGAGACACAUUGUAUUGGAUUUUCAUGUUCAAGAAUGAGAGCAGGACUCAGGGCAAAUCCAUUCCUCUGUAUACAGAGGCAGACCAGGAUCGACUAGUUGCCCUGCAUGGCGACGACAUCGUGAAGCCUGGCAUCACGUUCCGGGACAUGUUUGAGCGCAAGAUUCAAGGCGCCAUCGUACCCCUGCAAGAAGGAGUACUGAAACAUUGCUUUUACAAGAGAAUGGUUCUCUUAGGUGAUUCUUGGCACAAGGUCAAUCCUUUGAGUGGACUUGGUGGGAACACCGCCAUGAUGUCUGCUACUGUCCUGGUCAAUGAACUCAAUAACUUUUUAGGCCGAGAAAACCCCUUGAGCGAGGACAGCCUGUACGAGGCCUUUUCUAAUUAUCAACGGUCUCGAGAAAACCAAGUUCGCAAGGUAGUCGUUACGGGACACCAGAUGCAACGAAUGGAUGCCCUCGAGACGCGUCUGCUCAAGUUCAUUCAGUUGAAGGUGGUCUCUACUUUACCCUUCGAGAAUAUGUGCAACAUGUUUGGUCAAAUGUUCGCAUCAGCUGUCUAUCUCAAGCAUUUGCCACUUCCCGAACGCCAGGGUGCUAUGCCUUUCACCCACGAGGUUACAAUAAGACCUAAACCCCGCUCCGGCGUCGUCAAUUGGCUUUCCACGUUCGUUCUUGUUGCCAUUGUUCUAUUCUUAUAUCCUCUUACUGAGCAAGAAACACACGCCCCAUCCACGGCCACUCGAUCCGCGACUUCGUUCACAAAGCGGUUUGGCAUGGACAUGGACGCUCCAACAAGCAUCCAACUCUACUACAACAUGUCCAUCUCCGUGGUUACUUUGGUCAUGUGCGUCGAGUCAUAUCGGAAAUGCUUCUUCAUGAGCCCAUUAGGCAGUGCCCCUCUCUUCGGGAUAGCUGCUUUUUUUGUCGGCUGGCAAAUUGUUACACCCGUAUACUUUGCUCUUUUCGUCUUCUCGACGGGGGCUGCUGCAUACUACUACCCUUCUGCACGGGCGAUCGAUCUAGCCACAGCCAAGAGCCUGCCAAAUGCCUACCUCGUCAACUACUUACCCGUGAUGAUCUGCAAUCUUGCAUCGUCCCCGCUCAGCUCACACGUGUGGGCCAUCUCACAUGCCACCCUGCCACUCACGAUCCAGCUUAUCGCCAAAUGGCACGCGCGACGGUCUAGCCAGUCUAGCAUGCGGGGUCCAGCUCUUCUAUGGAGCGAUGGAGACCUGGAAUACAUUUCCACCGUGUUUGAUUCGCUGGCGCCAAUCGUACAUCUUGCGUGUCACUGGCCGAUGGCCAAGAAUGGGGCAAUAGAGCCCAGGAUGGUCUCUCUGUGCAAUCUUUUCUUCUCUGACAAGACUUAUACAGGUUAUGCUGCUAGUGCACUUAUGCUCGAUGCGCUGAUCUUUGUCUUCAUUGUCUUUAUCUUGUGGGAUAUCCGGCGAGUCCAUGCCUUCACAACGAUCUCGCGCUGGGAUAUUAUAAAUAACGUCACCGUUGGCCUCGUUUUAAGCCCUGCUGUGGGCCUUGCUCUGCUGUGGGCAAAGCGAGAGACCCAUUGGGAGGCAUCACGGCAGAGAAAGAAACCUGCCGUGGAGGUCUGA